AUGUCUUACCGCAACGAGUCCGACAGCUACGGCAGUGGCAACCAGAGCUCCGGCUACGGUGGCAACGACUCCUCUAGCUACGGCAACAACAAUGAUUCCUCCAGCUACGGCAGCGGAAACAAGUCCAGCUCUGGUCGCAACCAGGAUAGCUAUGGCAGCAGCAACAAUGACUCCUCCAGCUACGGCCGCGGCAACAACGACUCUUCCAGCUAUGGCAGCGGAAACAAGUCCAGCUCUGGUCGCGAUCAGGACAGCUACGACAGCAGCAACACCAGCUCUGGAUCCAAGAAGGACAGCUACGGAAGCAACAACGACUCUUCCAGCUAUGGCAGCGGAAACAAGUCUAGCUCUGGUCGCGAUCAGGACAGCUACGGCAGCAGCAACACCAGCUCUGGAUCCAAGAAGGACAGCUACGGAAGCAACAACGACUCUUCCAGCUACGGUGGCAACUCCAAGAAGGAUAGCUACGGCAGCAGCAACAACAACGACUCCUCCAGCUACGGUGGCAAUGACUCCAGCUACGGCAACAAGUCUAGCUCUGGAAACAAACAAGACAGCUACGGUAGCAGCAACAACGACUCUUCCAGCUACGGUGGCAACUCCAAGAAGGAUAGCUACGGCAGCAGCAACAACAACGACUCCUCCAGCUACGGUGGCAAUGACUCCAGCUACGGCAACAAGUCCAGCUCCGGAAACAAGCAAGACAGCUACGGUAGCAGCAACAACGACUCUUCCAGCUACGGCAACAAGUCCAGCUCCGGAAACAAGCAAGACAGCUACGGUAGCAGCAACAACGACUCUUCCAGCUAUGGUGGCAACUCCAAGAAGGAUAGCUACGGCAGCAACAACGACUCCUCUAGCUACGGUAACAGCAACGACUCUUCCAGCUACGGCGGCAACUCCAAGAAGGACAGCUACGGAAGCAACAAUGACUCGUCUAGCUACGGCAACAACUCUUCCAAGAAGGAUAGCUACGGCAGCAACAACGACUCCUCCAGCUACGGCAACAACUCUAGCUCUGGAUCCAAGAAUGACAGCUACGGCAGCAACAACGACUCUUCCAGCUACGGCAACAACAACAAUUCCUCCAGCUACGGCAGCGGAAACAAGUCUAGCUCUGGUCGUGACCAGGAUAGCUACGGCAGUAGUAAAAAUGACUCCUCCAGCGGCAGCAUUGGUAGCAAGAUCCUGGACAAGGCUCAAGGUUCGUGA